CUUGCAUGAAGUAACUAACAUUAAUGGACUCAACCUAAUCGACUUUGCAACGAGCAAAGGCUUAGUGAUCAAGAGCACAAUGUUUUCCCAUAAAAAGAUCCAUAAGGGAACAUGGAAGUCACCAGAUGGGAAUCAUACGAAUCAAAUUGACCAUGUACUAGUUAAUGACAGGUUCAAAAACAGGAUUACGAAUGUUAAAACGAUGCGAGGAGCGGACUGUGACUCUGACCACUAUUUGGUUAAGGUAAACAUUAAAGCAAGACUGAAGGUAAGGGUGGNUUGACAGAUAUGAUAUAACUAAGUUCACAGAUGAAGUUUGCCAAAAACGUUUUAAAAGUGAGAUACACAAACGCAGCAGGGAAUUAGAUAUAGCUAGUAUAGGCUCAACAAAUAAUAUGUGGAGGAGAGUACAGGACACAAUAAAAGAAACAUCAGCUGAAGUCCUGGGCAAACCAAAAAACACCAAAAAACCUUGGUUCAAUGAGAGGUGUGAGAAAGCCCUAAAUCAGAGGAAAAAAUUUAGAAACUUGUACCUUAAUGAUCCUUCCCAUAAAGAAAACAAAACGAAGUAUAAUAAAAUCAGAAAAGAUGCAAGUCGAAUCUUUAAGUAUGAAAAAAGGGUCUAUACGAAAAACAUUUUGGAAGAAGCAGGAAAAUAUCACAAUGAACAUAACAUACACCAAUUAUACAAAAAAAUCAAUACACUAAAGGGAGGUUACAAAAAAUAUGAAAUGUUCCUAGUAAAGGAAGAUGGAACACUAAUUACUGCCCGAUCAGACCUUGUAGAGAGAUUCAAACAUCUUCUUAACUGCAACGACCCCAUAGAAACCUUUACUUGGACAAGGAUAGAACCCAACCUAAACGAAUGUACAACAUCCUCAAAACAAGAAGUUGAACUACAAAUAAGGCGACUGAAGAACUAUAAAUCGCCUGGUGAGGACGGUAUACAAGGUGGGAUUAUGAAAAUGCUGGACGAAGUUUCAUUAACACAUAUACAUAGGUUACUAACCAAUAUUUGGGAGAAGGAAGAACUACCGGAAGGUUGGAAUGUUGCAGUCGUAUGCCCAAUCCAUAAAAAAGGUGACCCACGAAUAUGUAAUAAUUACAGAGGAAUAGCCUUAUUAAAUGUGGUCUACAAGAUAUUGUCCUACUGCAUUUUAGAUAGGGUUAAACACAUUGCGGAAGAGAUUCUGGGAGAUUAUCAAGGUGGUUUUAGACCCAACAGAUCAAAUCUUCAGUCUAAGACAGAUCAUAGAAAAAUCAUGGGAAUUCAAUAAAAGCAUUUGUAUACUAUUUGUGGAUUUCAAAAAAGCAUACGAUUCCGUCCAUCGACAUAGCCUUAUAAACAUAUUAAAAGAGUUUGAGUUACCAAAUAAACUAAUAAAAUUAAUUGAGGCCACUCUGCAAAAUACAGAAAUCAAAAUAAAGGUAGCAUCGGAAUUGUCAGAGCCAGCAACGGUAAGGACAGGCCUAAGACAAGGGAAUGUGCUAUCGCCAAUAUUGUUCAACCUUAUAUUAGAAAAGAUAAUCAGAGAAACGAAUUGUAACAAUAGAAUAGUAUUGAGAAACUCGAACAUAAAUAUCUUGGCUUAUGCGGACGAUAUAGCGAUGUUAGUAGAAACUGAAGAAACGGUUAAACAAGUAUGCAGGAAACUCAUCAUGAUGGCUAGUAAGGUCGGACUGGAGAUAAACGACGAAAAAACAGAGUACAUUAUAUUCAGUCGCCAGGUCAGAGAAUAUCAACAAGGUCAAUCUAUGAAUGUAGAAGGGCGUGUAUUCAAAAGAGUCACAUAUUUCAAGUACUUGGGGCACUUGCUAACACAAGAUAAUAACCUGAAGAUGGAAGUCAGUGCUAGGAUACAAAAAGACAACAAAAGUUUUUUUGGUCUUGGAAAAGUACUGAGCUCAAGAACAUUAUCGACUAACCUGAAGAUACAAAUUUGCAUGACCCUGAAACGACUCAUAGUAUUGUAUGCCGCGGAAACAUGGCCGCUUAGGAAAGCAGAAGAAACCAGAAUAAAAGUAUUUGAAAAGAGAAUCCAACGGAAAAUCUACGGCCCAUGCUUCGACACAAACAUAGGUGAAUGGCGUAAACGUCAUAAUAAAGAACUCGAGGAGCUAUUCCAGAGACCGAAGAUCGAUAAUGAAAUCAAGAAAAGGAGAUUAACCUGGGCAGGACAUGCAUGGCGGAGAGUAGGAUCUAUUGUCAGAACAACAAUCGAAGAGAACCCGGUUGGUAAGAAACCCCACGGAAGACUACGCUUACGUUGGGAAGACUGUGUAAAAAGAGACGCGGAAAGCAUUGAACCAGAGAUACCAUGGAGAGUAGCAACAGAAAAUAGGGAUAGGUGGAGAAAAAUUUGUUUGACGGUAUGGUCUCAAUGA